CUUAGACCGAAAUGUUUUGCAAAUAAGUGGAUACAGUUGUUUUCCUAGGCUGGUAACUGCAAAUACAGCACUGUGCUUGCGUGAAACGUUUUGUUCAGUCUUUAAAGUGUGGUUUGGCUGUGUAUCACAUUACAGAAUCAUAUGUCCAGAAAUAUAAAAUGGCAAAUAGUGAGAUAAAACAACGAAAGACAAAUUCUGCACAUAAACAAAAUAGGGGACCGAGCGACACGUUAAAAUCUGACUCUGGAGAAGAAACCAAGAAAGUCGGAGUAACGGGGAAAAAAACGGAUAUAAAGGGAACUUCCUCCCAUUCCUCCUUCGAUUUCAGAGUGGUACUUUGUAUGUUAUCUGUGACCGCCUGCAUUGUACUCGCAUGGGUUGUUCUUCAGCAAAACGCGAGAAUAGGAGAUGUUGAGGAAAGGUACAAACUUCUGUAUGAGAAGUCAGCUGGUGUCCUAGAACUGGAGACGAAUUUUGUUGAAGUUUCUAAAAAGUGUGAGAAUGUCCAGGCCAUGCUGAGGAGUCUGGAAGACCAAGUACCAUGGUCCCACAUGGAAGGUCUGGAGCAAGAGGUGCUUCAACUGAAGGAAUGGUCUUCAGGGUUGACAAAGAAAUGGCGACAACUUGAGGAGAAUCUGACUGGACUAUCACUGGCUGUGAAAGGCAUUGAGGAUCGGACUUCUGCCAUCUCCAAUGACAUUACAGCCAAAGUAGCCUCUGUGCGCACUGAUGUAAGGCGGAUGGCAGGACUGGAGUCAGAAGUACAGACUCUCUUAGCCCAGACAGGUGAGCUUGAAGAGAAAGUGUCCCAGGCUGAGAGGCUCAUGAUCAAGCGUAUUGGAGACCUGCUGGCUGGGAGCAUUGACCGCAUCUCUAGUUUGAAAACUAAGGCUGAGAAAAAUUCUCAGAGUCUGGAACAGAUGCGCAAAAGCAUCCCUCAGCUCAUCGCUGCUGACAAACAGCUGUCCGAACGCAUCUUGUCUGUAGAGAGUGGUCGAGCCAAACUCAUUAAAACAGUGACCUUUGCUAGUGACCUCAAACCCAAGGUGUUUUCCAUCAAAAAGGGAUUUGCCUUACUAGAGCCUCAGUUGGCUGAUUUGACAUUGAGGAUUGGAAGGCUGGCUGAAGACAUAAUGCAGAGGGAAGAAGAUAUUGCUCAGGUAAAGGAAAGCUUAGCCAACUUCACUGCUGUUCAGGCAGAUCUUAUGAAGGUUAAAGAGGAGCUGACACAAGUACCAGACCUCAGUGACACACUACACCAAAAUGAUGCAAGAGACACACUGGUCCAUACCCACAAGCCUGAGGCGUAGAGAGGACUUUGUUCCGAAUACAUGCAUUUCAAAGAGAAAAGGCGCAAUCAUUUGAGGAAUGCUGUUGGUUUUACAUUUAACACUUUUCUUCAGGGUCUAAUUUUUUUCCUAGGCUGGUUUGUUUGUCACAAGAUUAGUACUUUUCUUGUGAAAUAUACCAACGGUUUGAAUAAUCAGACCUUAG